GCAGCUUUAAAUAAAAAAUUUUUUAAAAAAUUGACCGAAGCGAGAGGAGCUGCAGAGCGUUAGAGCUUAGAAAUGGGGAAUCGCCACUUCCCCAAUGAAAUGCCGAGUUUCGUAGAGGAGGACGAAGCCGGCGCCGACUCCGGAUCCGGUCUCCACCACCUCCUCUCCCUUCCAUACCCAAAACUAGCCGUUAAGCUCUUGGGAGUUGCUCUCAACCUCAAACAAAAGGUUGUGGAGGAGACUUGGGUCCGAAAACGGAGGGAGGAAGAUGGCUACACACUCUACGCGGGCCUGCUCGGGACGGCAUUCUUGCUGUUUAAGGCUUACCAGGUUACCGACGACCGAAAUGACCUCAGCCUCUGUGCGGAGAUCAUCAAGGCUUGCGAUUCGGCUUCGACGGAUUCACCGAAUGUGACCUUUGUUUGUGGUCGGGCUGGCGUUUGUGCUUUGGGGGCGGUGGUUGCGAAGCUAUCUGGGGACGAGGAUAUGCUCAACUAUUAUUUGAGCUUGUUUAAUGAUAUCAGAAUGCCAGAUCAAGUUCCUAAUGAGUUGCUAUAUGGAAGAGCUGGAUAUCUAUGGUCUUGUUCAUUCCUAAAUAAGCAUCUUGGUGAUCGGACUAUCCCUUCGACGAAGAUUGAUGCAGUAGUGAAGGAGGUCAUUAGCGACGGAAAGAGAUUGUCUGUCGAAGGGAGCUGCCCGCUAAUGUACGAGUGGUUUGAUGAGAGAUACUGGGGCGCUGCUCACGGGCUCGCGGGGAUCGUGCAUGUUCUGAUGGACAUGGAGCUGAAUUUGGAGGAGCAGGAAUGCGUCAAGGGCACUCUUCGCUACAUGAUUGAGAACCGACUUCCAAGCGGGAACUACCCACUUACAGAGGGAGACGGUGCCGACGGUGCUGUUCAUUGGUGCCAUGGUGCUCCUGGUGUUGCUCUCACCCUUACUAAAGCUUACCAGGUCUUCCAGGAAGAGGAGUUCCUGCAGGCGGCAGCAGAGGCUGCAGAGGUAGUCUGGAAUCGAGGCCUGCUAAAGCGAGUCGGAAUCUGUCACGGUAUAAGCGGAAAUGCGUACGCAUUCCUCUCGCUCUACCGGCUAACUGGCAAUGCGGAGCACCUUUAUCGGGCCAAAGCAUUCGCGUGCUUUCUUCUGGACGGAGCUGAACAGCUGAUCGCGGAGGGGAUCUUGGGCGUCGGUGAUCAGCCGUUUUCGCUCUUUGAAGGCCAGGCUGGGUGGGUAUAUUUCUUUCUGGACAUGCUUAAACCGCCCGAAUCGAGAUUCCCAGCUUAUGAACUCUGAAAUUUUACGCGCAGAGAUUAAAAAGGAAUCGAUUACUCCUUAACUGCUUCUGAUUGUUGGCUUGGUUGGUUGGUUGAUUGCGUCUACUUUGUAGAAUAAAUAAAAGCAGCGUGGGUGUACUUUCCAGUUGUAGACAUUGGUUUUUAUGCUCCCAUAUACUACUAGAUGAUCUUCUGGUGAUUGUGUAUAUAUUAUGUAUAUCAAGAACAUGAUGUGAAAGUAUCUUCGAUUAGCAGUUUCAUA